AUGGCUCGUCAACUACUCAGAAAUGCCCUUUCCCCUCGGGAGCGAUUGCCAUUAGGAUCAUUAUCGAACAUGACUCCGGUUAAUGCGAUCCCUUCCGAAGUAACGCCGAAGCAGCUGGCAAAGGUCCUUGCAGCUGAUAAGAACCUUCUUGCUCGUGUCAUUGCCAAUGCCCCUGGCGAGCUCGUCGAACAGCUUUUCGUAAAUUCGGGCCUGCAUGUUACUCAAACGGCUCGUAGCAUCCUCCUCGUUAGAAACGAGGACCAAAAUGUCGAAGUCCAAGUCACCCCCCCAGAUUCAGAAUCUGCAGUUGCCCCAAAGAGCACCAUUUCUACCAACCAAAACCACAUCGACAACUACCCUGUACAAGCGCCUUUUAUGAACAAAAAGGGCUCUAGCGUCCACCGGGCCGCUAAGAGUUCUGUGACCAAUUCUUCUCGCCAGUCUGAGAAGGCAGGUAUGCAUACUCCGGAGAAUAACACCAAACGCGAUCAGGAGGCAAAGGGGGCGACUGCAUCUUCUCAUCGGACUCAAAUCAACAGCAACGGAGACCAAAAAUCGGUAAACUCCCAUUAUUUUACUGACGUUUGUGAUCAGCACAGCCGCGGCCAAAGCAUUCAGCAUCACUCCUUCGCACCGAGGGAACUACAUGCGAGUAGUCUCAAGGCCCCCCCACGCCGAGAACCUCCCGUCAAGCUUCGGUUGAAAACCUCGUGGAAAAGUUCAGACAGCACGUCACAUCCUGAUCAUGUUCCCAAGCCAAGUGCUCCCCCAGCACCUCAAGCCUCUCAUUCGGAACCAGUCACUUCCACGUCUGCUCUGGCAAAACCUAAUGAUCGGACCAACUACAAUGACCGGCGUACCGACGCAUACAGCAAGGCUGAGCCAUUACGACACGUUCCUGCUCCCCCAAUUCCCUCGCGGGCAACGGGUCUUUCUUUCAGUGACGCUCUGAAGGGCAAGCCCUUUCCUCGAUCGUCCAGCCCUGGAGUUUCAAGGGUUGAGGAGAGUGCUCAAAGGCCUAACACGGUGGUCGGAAUGCGCGCUGCGCAGGAGACGUACGGUCACUGGCCCAAACCUCUCAAGGGCAAAUGGUCAGACAUCCUAGAUGCAAUGGAUGAGUACGAUUCGGGGUUGAAUGAGGACCUUACUUGGCCUAUUGCCGAAAUCACAGCUGCUGGCUCCUCACCCGAGUCUCAAAGCAGCAAGCAUCCAGGAUCCAGGUUCAGCACCCCAACUCCUGCUCCUGCUGACGAAAGUGCCUAUGGUCCCGCCGAGCCUGCUCAUUUCGAGGCUCUGGCUUCAUCCGAUGUUGAUCAUCGAAGUGACUUCACGAUUGCAGAGGAACCUGUCGAGCAGACUACUCUCUCCGACGAAACCGCACAAGAGCCUGUCGCCGACGCUCAGGUUCGCUCUGCCAUUGAGAAGAAAACUUCUGGUGAGAUGACCAUCGCUUUUAAGAACGACCAAACCAUAGCUCUAGCUCCCGCAGAAUAUAUGGCAACUCAGCAUGAUGCUAUCCCGAAUAAUGACAAGAGCGAUACAGAUUUGGAUGGGAAGAGGAACGAAGCUCAGCAAUCUCUCUUCCCGUUCGCCCGGCAAAGGAAAGGGAAGAAGCAGAAAAAGAACAAGAACAAGAAAAAGGCAGCAAAAAAGGGCAAAAACAGCAGAAAGCCAAGUGCUGGCCCGGAUCCAGCACCUUCUCAUGAGUUAUCUGGCCCAGAGGAGGAGUCGAAGGAUAAGUCCGAACCCGAAGAGCUCACGUCGGUUGCAUUUCGCCUUUCUCGCACAUCCCUGAACGCCAUUGCGGAGACACCGCUUGAACCUGGCGUUGUCUUCAAUCGAUUCUUCAAUAGCUGGAGGCUUCCCGAAUUGCUAGCACGGGGUGUCACGGUCCCAACGGUUCCAGCACAUAGGGAUGACGACGGAAAAAUCAUUUACGGAUACAACUGGUCGCAUCCUCGAUUUGCCGUCAUCGAUCGAUUGGAGCGUGACGUCGUCAUGUGGGACCACAGCGUUACGCUGGGUGAGCCGGGAGAGGUCUCGUGUUUUAAAAGAGCACGGGAUAACCGAAAGGAUGACGGAUCUCCGGAUGGAGAUAAAAGAAAAGCAGGCACGUCGAGUUCUGAAAAGUACAAUCGGUGUGCUCACGAUGGGGGUAGCGAUCGCAGUGACGGCAGUGAUUGUGCGUCUCGUAAUGAGCGGGAUCUUGUCAAAGACAGGUUCGGCAUGAGCGAAGAGGGAUUGGAGAACUGGCUGGAAGUCUGGACCCACGAGUUUAUGCCUCUGGCAAAGAGGUACUCCAAGAAGAAGUGGGAGGAUCUUGACUGGCGUUCGGAACCAUUGGUCAAACCGAAGACGCCAACUCAGAUCUCCACUGCCCCAAAGGGAGUGGUGAUGAUCGAGAAAGGCGUCGUUGACUCGGACGAUCUGGUCAAGGAGCAGAACAAGAUAUUGACGGAAUGCUUCAGAAGCGGUAAUUGGAAGGAGGUCUGUGGUGAGGGAGGGUCCAGGGCAAUGCUCGUAACGCUACCGGAUGGAGACAAGCUGGAGAUUCCGCAGUGUCGGCUGUCCACAGUCGACAAGGUGAUUGGGUUGGAGGUUAACCCCAAGGCUAAGAAGCUCCAAGUCAUGACCGAAAAGACUCUGGAACUUCCAGAAGUAAUGUUGGGGUAUAUCCUUCCUGCCCCGGAGCCACCCUCACAACCGACGACUGGCAGCGACAAAUCUGAGCGUUCGGCCGCGCCAAAACCACAGCAACCGACAAAAUCUUCUAUCAACACAAAAUCCCUCAAGAAUAAACCACUAACCGAGACAGAUUCACAAAAAGAGGAGUUGGAGGGGCCGGCGUCACCGGCACAAAAAAAAGACUCCGAAGACGACCUCAUCAAACCCAAGCCCUCCACACCAGAGUGGCUGGUAAUUCCAGAGAGUGACUCCUCUUUGGAAAUGCCGGAGCUGGUGCCCGCAAGCCCUUGA